UUAUACUGUUAUACACCACUAUAGAAGUAAGCUGCGCCAAGUUAUACACUACUAUAGAAGCAAGCUAUAAGCCGCCAAGGCCUAGGGUCAGCUCAAACAACUGUGCCAUAUUAUCACUUCUUUUUUCUCUCUUCAUUCAUCUGAACCUGCCUAAUUGGAACGAAGAAACAUGAAAAGAUACUUCAUAUACAAACAUUUUCAAUUAAAUAACUUAAUAUAAGCUAGGAGAAUGGGAGGUUGCUGCUGUUGCUGCUUUUCUUCUAGAAGAUCUGAACCAGUUAGGGCGCCUGCUUAUUAUUAUCAGUGCCCUAGGACGUCAGAGGAGCGUGAGCCCUUGUCGGCUAACCGUGGUGUAGCUUCUGGACGGUCAGGAGGACUGCUGGUUGAUACCAAUUUGGACACAUCAAACCCGGACACAUAUACUCCACCUCCUGCUCCUACACCCUACGAUGUUGAUUUACGACGUCCUCGGACUUCUGAUCUUACCAAGAGUGAUACUGUUGUUGAGAUAACAAAUACUGGUUUUGAGAAGGGACUGAACAAUGUGGAUUCUCAAGAAAGUUGCAAGACAGAUUUGAAAAAGGUAGACAGUGAAACACAUUCUGAAUUGGAACUUACCCCCUCUGAGAAUCCGGAAGAUGAUCUCAAGAAACUGGUGGAAUCAAAUCUUACAAUACAAGAGGAGGAUUGUCCUAUAUGCCUAGAAGAGUACACAGAGGAGAAUCCAAAGAUGCUUACUAAAUGCGAGCACAAUUUUCAUCUUUGCUGCAUUCUCGAGUGGAUGGAAAGAAGUGAGACUUGUCCUGUGUGUGAUAAGGAAAUAUUGAUUGAUGAAGCUCUUAAUGUUUAGCUUCUGGGCUCCAUGAAAGUUGAAGCGUUUUACCCUUUUUGGUAAUCAACCAUCAUGGUUAGGUUAGAAUCAUCUGUUUAAGUUGCAGUUCCACAAUGGCGCUGCCUGAUAUAGGUAUUGUAUUUCGAAGCAUAAAUGUCAUGAAAUUGAUGCAUACCUUGCUGUAAAUUUCAAAAGUGAGAAGACAAAACUCAAAAGGAAAAAGAGAAGAAAUUGUUUGCUGUGUGUCAAGUAAUUGUGAUGCAGUUUCUUGCAAUUGGACAUGUGGAUCAUUGGAGCUUAAGAUCAUCUCGAUCAAAAGCCUUGGUAGCAGGGGAUAAGGUAAAACAAAUCUACUUCUGGUUUGAUGCUGGCAAUAUUUGGCGAGAAAGAACAGGUCAUGUAUUCCUGUUUCGUGUCAUUUAAUACACACAUGUAUUAUGUAUAGGUCCAUUGAACAGCAAAGAAAUUGUUGGCUUUUUCUACCGUGUGGUCUUUCACUCUUUCAUAUUCAUGUAAAUACGCAUGUACAUCUUUGUUUGUCUUAAUACAGAGUUCAUGUUGGCUUUUAAAGCGUU